GCCUCGCUGUACUGCGAGCACCCCCUGGAGGCUAGAUACACACCAAGCUCUACUGCAGGCUGGGGGACCUGACGCUGCACAAACUAAAGGAUGCCUAUGACUCGGUGGGCUACUUCCAGCUGGCACUAGCUGCUGCCCUGGAGGACCGUGGAAACCCGCAGGCGCUGUAUGUGGUCUACAUGAAGCUGGCAGAGAUCCAUGCCAACCACAUGCCAGACCCACUGCUCUGCCAGGCUUACAGGGACAGGGCACAGAGCCUGAGGAGGGAACUCUCUGGGCUGGAAGGAGAGACAGAGGAGUGGAGGGAAGGAGAGACAGAGGAGUGGAGAGGAGAGAUGGAUGGCAGAGGAGAGACAGAGACAGAGGGAAGAGAAGAGACGGAGGGGAGAGGAGAAGAGACAGAAGAGAGAGGAGGAGUAACAUGUGAUACAGACCUGGAGAUGAGAAACACAGACAUGGAGGAGACCGAGCCAGAGACUGGAUGCAGUGAGCAUACAGAUACUAUCCCCAAAGAGGCUAUUGACAUGGACAGUGCACAGAGCCUGAGGUUGGAGCRUGCUGGACUACAAGACAUGGAGGGGAGAGACACAGAGGGACAACACACAGGACUUGGAGACAUGGAGAGGGGAGAGACAGAGAUAGGACACCCAGACACCACAGAGAAACAGCAUCCAGUUACCGAAAAGAAAGAAACAGAGACUGAGACUGGAUGUGGUGACUCUAUCGAUGCAGAAGCAAAUUCCAAAGAUGCUAACUGUAAGGAUAGUAGUCACACCAAUGCAGAUAGCCAUGAAGCCGAUUCUGAUGUGUUUAAAGGAGACACAGACACCAGUAACUCAAAUCCAGACAAGCUCCUCCCAGAGGCUACUCACACAGACCAAGACACUGACAGUACAGACACAAGUCCUUAUCAAGCAGACGUUGAAAACACACAGAAUGACUAUACAACAACAAGCAGUGCAUUUGUAGACACUACAAUAACAGAGGACACUGACAGUAUAGACAGAAUACCGUGUGACCCUAACAACACUGAGACUAUGUCAACAGAAACAUGCAUCAAACAUAGCGACUCAACGGCCACAGACACAGAUACAGACACACCCUACAAAGACAGCCCUACAGACAGCAGUCACACAGACACAGAUGCACACAUAGACUCCUCUCAAAGACAGACACAGAGGUAACCCACAAAGACAGCCCUGCAGACAGCAGUCACACAGACACGCAGACAGACAUAGACUCCUCUCAAAGACAGACACAGGAGUAACCCACAAAGACAGCCCUACAGACAGCAGUCACACAGACACAGAUACAGACAUAGACUCCUCUCAAAGACAGACACAGAGGUAACCCACAAAGACAGCCCUACAGACAGCAGCACACACAGACACAGAUACAGACAAUAGACUCCUCUCAAAGACAGACCAAGAGGUAACCCACAAAAGACAGCCCUGCAGACAGCAGUCACACAGACACAGAUACAGACAUAGACUCUCUCAAAGACAGACACAAGA